GGAGUGUGUUACUAAGGCGGGCGUGCAUUAUCAUAAUCUUUUUACAGAUGGGGAAACCGAGCUUCAGCGGCACGAAGGUCACACUUUUCAGUACUGUGUUCGCAUGUUUCAGUCUUUGUCCUGACUCGAAACAUCUUGGCCUUGAUUUUUCAGAAGUUCUGAGCACCCAGAUCUCCAACUGAAGUCCAUGGGAGCUGCAGAGGCUCAGGACUAAGUUAUCUCAAAUUGAGAAGCUGCCAGGAAGUGGCCAAUCCUUGAAAAUAUGGUUGUCAGUGACUUGCCUAAAAUCACACAAAGGUUGCAGCUGACAGACUUCCUAGAAGGGAAAGCUGCAUGACAACUGAUCACAAACACUGGCAACCUAUUUACUUCUGGACACUGCCCAAAGGAUUGCUCAAUCGUCAGUGAUCCAUUCAUAGUGGGGCCAUGGAGGGAGAUGAAACAGCAUCGAGCCACCCCUCAGAGGACAGCAGCAUACUGGACCUUCCCUCUGCAUACGACAUAACAGACAGCUUCCUGCCAGAGCACAGCACUGGGACCAGUGAGGAGCCUUGUAGUUCUGUGGAUACUUUUGCCUCAUCAGCAUGCUUAGGUGCUAGUCGCCCAGAUCCUGAAGAAGCUCAGCAGGCAACUAGCCUGAGCAUUUGGCAUAGACACGGUGAGGAAGCAAAUCCUAAACAUCGCCUGCCUGCAGAGCCGUUUCAACCUGCUGAACCUAGUGGGAUUCCAUCCUCUUGGACAUAUGAGCAAGAGGGCACAGAAGACAUCAGCAUUAGAAAGUCUCUAGAUAGUUUCUAUGAAACAUAUUGUCAGCUGCAGCCCGGCAGAGGGGAUCCCACAUACAACUCAGCUUCAGAAUGGCUCUCUCUCAAAAUUCAGGACCUGGCAAACAAGGAAGGAAGAAAAUAUUCCUUGUGCAGUCUCCACAUGGCCCAGAUGGUCUUGAACAGAGAUGGGUGUAAGGUCUUUCCAAACCAUGCCAGCAAUGCUUGUUUCUCAGCACCAGCUAAUGGAGAAGUUGCACUGGAAGGAGGACAGCGAACACCGGGACUGUCAGAUGAUGUCCUCCAAUUUCUCUUAAAACAGAAUGUGAUAAAAUCAUAGGGCCUGAUGUAUGGGGCUCAGGGAUGGGUGAGCAAGCUGUUUAUUUGGUUAGGAGAUAGCACCUUGUGGUAUUUAGCUCCUGCUCUGAAUAGGGACGGCUCUGCCUCAGGAAAGGUCAGUCAGUCAGUCAGAGUUGGAGGAACAUGCCACUUAAACUGCAAAACCACCCGUUACAUCUUCUCUCCUGCCCCCAGACUCCAGCGUGAAUUUCACAUAUGUAUUGAACUUGUUUCCCAGCAUCUGAGCGGUGACUCUGGUGCUUAGUGGACUUGUUCUCCAGUUCCAACUGUUGUGAUUAUCCUAAAGCUCACCCUGUGAUCAUGGGCUAGAAGACAUGCCCUUCUCUGAACCUGCCCUAAGGUCUCUCCAUACUCUGAUGCUAGGGGGUGCUUAUACAGAGCUAGAUCCUGCUACCUUCAUACUCAGUGAAUCUUACUCCUCAAGUAGCUCCCAUUUAUUUCCAUAGGGCUAUUCACGGAAUGUGAUGCUAUUCAGUGAGAGUUAGUGUGUCAGUGUGGCCCAUAAUGACAAGGCUCUCUACCACCACCAUUUGAAUAUCAAGCCCUUAUCUCUGUAUCAUCUAAGAUUUCCAGCAACCAGGGCUGCUUAACCUACCUGAACCCCCCGCACUGAGACCUAUCCCUUUUAUACUUGUUCCAAUGCCUGUAAGUCCCAUUUACUGCAACAAACAGGAUAUGGAGUGCACAAGCCUAGGCAGAUAUCUUUACAGGGUGUGUAGGCUUGGAAUGAUUAGAUUUGUAUUGGCAGAUGUCAGUUUCACCAUGCAAAAAAUAUUUUCAUCAAUCAUUGACAUUUACAGAUAAGCAGCAUUUUUCUUUGCCUGAGAACUUAGUUUGCUCUGAGGAUAUUUACUGUGUAUAUUUUGACAUGUGAUGUUGACCAUUUGAGUUUUGGUGAUUAUAAAGGUUACGUUUUUUACA